UACAAAAUGUUCCUUUAUCAGUUGCAAGUCGUACCUCCUUUGAUGAUGCAAAUUUUAAAUAAAAGCAUUAGAUACUGUGUAAUAACUAUUCAAUAACUACAUGAUGUAGAUAUGAUAGGUAUUAAACAAAUUUAUUAUCAUUCUGCACCGCAAAGUGUAUUGCCGUACUAUACUGAUAUUUGUGCAUGAAGUUGGAUUAGGAUGUAUUUACGUAGUUAAAAGCAUAGUAUAUUACUUACUCUGUGGUUAAAAGGAGUGUGAUUAAUGAUUAUAUUGUUAUCAGUGUAAUUCAAGACGCCUUGCCUUGCGUGAAGGCAAGCACUAUCGCUGAAAGAAACUCGGUGUUUGUGCAGUGAUUUGUGGAAAUCAAAGUGAUUUGGUUUCGCUACUUUCGUCGAUCAGUUCGCCGUAUAUCGUGGCGGAAGCUGGUCGCGAUGCUCGUUGCACUCGGUAUUCCGGUGGCGUUUAUCGCCGUGUGCCAAUAUUUGGGUUUUCUCUUAACAACAAUUGUUUCUGUUAGUGUGGGUGUGCUGUAUUUACUUGCCUUCCAUAGAAGAUGGUGCUACAUCGCGUUGGUUACUACACCUAGGGAUCUUAGAGCCCUUCGGUGCUACCUAAGAGUGUUAUGGCUAGCCAAGAAAUGCCAAAGGAAUAAUUCAACACUACCAGAUUUGUUCCAUGAAGUGGUUCAAAGACAUCCUGAAAAGCCAUGUUUUCUAUUUCAAGAUGAAGUUUGGACUUUUAAAGAGGUGGAAGAUUAUAGUUUACGAAUGACAGCGGUACUAAGGAACGAAGGUAUCAAGAAGGGCGAUAUUGUGGGUUUGAUGACGAACAAUUGUGCGCAAAUGCCAGCGCUCUGGAUCGGCAGUGCGCGUAUAGGUGCCGUAUGCCCACUUAUCAAUACGAACCAGCGCGGCAAUGCGUUAAUUCACUCCAUAAAUAUUGCUAAAUGCAAUGUCCUCAUAUUUUCCGACGAAUACUUGUCAGCUGUCCAAGAAAUAUCCGGGCAACUUGAUCCGUCACUGAAACUCUAUAAAUUUACUCACCGUCCACUUAACUCACCAAAACCUGAGAAGGCCAGUGGUGAUGGUAUUCCAAAUUUGACUGACCUCCUUGAAGCUACUCCGCCAGCCCCCUGGACCAAGACUGAUGGAUAUGGGUUCCAGGGAAAAAUACUUUACAUAUAUACGUCGGGAACUACCGGUUUGCCGAAGGCAGCGGUUAUUUCUAAUUCUCGGUUAAUAUUCAUGGUAUCCGGCGUUCACUAUUUACAACUCAACUCGUCGGACAUCGUGUAUUGCCCUCUGCCCAUGUACCACACUGCCGGUGGGGUCGUGAGCGUGGGCCAGGCGCUACUGUUUGGUUGCACCGUGGUAUUGAAGCCGAAAUUCUCAGCAUCACAAUAUUUCCCUGAUUGCGCAAAGUAUAAAGCGACGGUAGCCCACUACAUAGGCGAGAUGUGUCGCUAUGUGCUGGCGACUCCGCCGUCCCCAGCUGAUAAACUGCACAACGUCCGCGUUAUCUUCGGCAACGGGCUGAGGCCGCAGAUUUGGACCGAGUUUGUUAAUCGUUUUAACAUCCAGUGCGUGACCGAAUUUUAUGGAGCGACCGAGGGAAAUGCUAAUAUUGCAAACACGGAUGGAACGCCGGGUGCCAUCGGUUUCAUUUCUCGAAUCUUCCCCAGCUUGUACCCAAUCGCCAUAAUAAAAGUAGACCAGGAAACCGGUGAACCGAUUCGAGAUUCCUCAGGAUUAUGUCAGAUCGCAGGACCCAACGAGCCGGGCGUGUUCAUCGGCAAGAUAUCCCCCAACAAUCCGUCCCGGGAGUACCACGGUUAUGUGGACAAAGCGGCGUCUGAUAAGAAGGUAGUGCGGGAUGUGUUCUCUCACGGUGAUUCGGCGUUCAUAUCAGGCGACAUCCUGGUGGCGGACGAGCUGGGCUACCUGUACUUCCGCGACCGCACGGGCGACACGUUCCGGUGGCGCGGCGAGAACGUCAGCACCAGCGAGGUGGAGGGCGCCGUGUCGCGCGUCGCGCGCCACCGCGACGCCGUCGUCUACGGCGUGCUGGUUCCUAACACGGAAGGUAGAGCAGGAAUGUGCGGUAUUGUGGACCCGGACGGUAGUCUGGAUCUAGACAAACUCGCUAAAGAUCUAGCUAGAGAUCUGCCGGCAUACGCAAGACCUAUUUUCGUCAGAGUAAUGGACAGAAUGGAUAUGACAGGAACUUUCAAAAUGAGAAAAACCGACCUACAGAAAGAAGGAUUCGACCCCAGUCUAGUAAAAACUGACAAGCUGUAUUACUUAGAUGUUAAACAAAACAAAUAUCUACCACUAGGCCCUGAAGAGUAUGAAAAUAUUAAUACAGGAAAAAUUCGACUGUGAUUUUAAUGAUAUAAUGUGAAACAAUCGAAUUGUUGGUAUACUCUCAUCUUACUUCACCAAAAAUACUCGAAUUAGUCUCAAAUAUCGGAUGUACUCAUAUCGUAAUAGAAAAUUUUUGUGUGUUUAUAAUUACAAAUUGUUUUAGUCAUGUUUUUUAUUAUCUCUUCAUUUAUUUUAUGCAUAUCAAGCGUGAUAGCUAUGCCCUUAUUAAAUAUUCGAUUUAUCACGUAUAACUAACUUUUACCAGGAUUCGAAUAAAAUAAUGGAAAAGGGUUGAUUCUAUUUAUAUUUGGGUAUCAUGGGUGAUAUAAUACUAUUAGGUAUUGAAUUUUUUAAAUGACUUUUAUUGACAAGGAUUUAUUCACACAGUUAUUUUUUUUAAUAGACGAGGCACAAUCUCUUAAAAAAUUGUUAAUAGAAUCUUUAAUUUAUUAUAAAGUGGCAUGCACGAAAUUGUUUUAAUAUUUGUUAAUCUUUGAAAUUGUUUUAUUUGUGUUAUUUAAGUAUAAACAAAAUGUACAACAAAUUAAUCAAACGAAAUGUACCCGUACGAGUAGUGGUAGCACACUGGUUAGGACCCUGAACUUCGAUGGAAGAGACCGGGGUUCGAGACCGAACAAGCGUUAAAGAAUCAAAUGACUUUCAAUUUUUCUGUAAAUUAUCCACAUCACCAUUGCUCGUAACGGUGAACAAAAUCUUCGCCAGGAAAUCGGUAUGUGAUGCACUAUGUAGGAUUAUGACUACAUUUAGCAUUAGGCGAGGUAUUUAACAGGUUAUUUAACAACUGACAGGUGCAGUUGUUCCAAGCGAUGCGGCGGGUUUAGAGUAUAUCUGAAGUUAUAUAAUUACAGGAGUCCAGUUAAAAAAAUAAAUUUUGCUGGUUCUCUGUCGAAUUUCAGGAACAAUAUAUUCAGUUACGUUGUUCUUAUCGUGUUAUGAAAUGGCUCAUUUUCAUAAAAGUUAAUAUAUUGUAUACUUUUCUUAAGACCGCCAUUUAUUACAUGGUAUAUUUACAAAUCUAUUUAUUCUAUAAAAGCAUUUUUGUUUCCAUUCGCUCUGAUACCUCGCCAUAAAAUUUAUUGGGACAUACACGAUGGUAAUACAGUCCGUAUUGUCAUAACAGUGCAAUCGGAAAAUUGAAGAGUAUUUGUGAAAUUAGAUCUGUAAUAAUUUAUUCCAAAGAGGUUUUGUUAUUAUAGCCACUUUUAAUGAAUCUGCUGUAUAAGCAAAUACGCUGAAGCAAAAUGCUUAUUACUAAAUAAAAUUUUCCUAUUUUAAUUUUUAAUUUCAUAAAUUGAAAUACUACGUAAAUUUUCAAGGAAAAGGAAUUGACGUAUUAUAUUAAAUGUUAAAGAGUAUAAGAUAUAAUUUGUAUUUAGUCCAAAGCAUAAAGGAAGUUAAACUUCCUCCAUUUUAUAAAAUGCUGUAUAAUAUUUUGCGAAGGUUUUUGAUGUACAUAGUCGAUUUGUAUUGACGCUAAUUAUUCGAACAAGUAUGAAAUUCUUGUUCUUGUGUUAGAAAUAUUGAUGUUUUUGUGAAAUAAGAAUGUUGUUUAAGUGUUUUAUAAUUAUAUAAUAAUUCAUUUACUGAAGUUCCGCAUGUUAAAAACUGCUUAUUUGUCGCAUUUUUUGGUUUCGCUGCUUAGUUUUGAAGCUUUACACAAUACAUUGAAAGUUGUUAACUGUUAGAUCAUUCCAGUCUCAUAUUAUAAGACUGAUGUGAAUCAUUUAUUUACAUUAUGUAGUGGUUAAGGGCGUUGAUACCUAGGUAAUGUAAUAAAUUUAUAUUUUUUAA